GAAACAGACAUGGCGACCUCCAUCGCCCGUAGCCCGUGACAGAUCGACCGUUCAUGUAAACCAGCAUUUGGAGGUUAUCGAUUUACAUGAAGCGCUUGAGAGACACGUAGUUUUUCAAUCAUCUGUCGGGUCGUGUCUAGAGAAAAUGAAUCUGCACAAACUGUCUUUGCGAUUGCGACCAGCAGUAACGCAGAAGUUCAGGUGUCUCAGCAUCCAGAGCAGUGGCCAGGAGCUGGAGGCGGUUGCUGCGGAAACACUAUCAGCUGAGCCAAAUAUGCUUUCAGUCUUCAGAACAUCAGAGCAGGAUCCGACAUGUCAUUCUGAAACACACACUGGGCAGUACUACACGCUCCCCCCAACUCACAUCCAGAAACUCUUCCCUCAUGGACUCCCCCCACGCUUUCAGAUGCAGGUUAAGACUUUUAAUGAGGGCUGCGUGAUGGUCAGGCCAGCAGCGCUGGAGCUCAUCUCAUAUCUCAAAAAAGCUGAUUACAACAAACCUCCUCUACGUUAUGUACUCUAUGGACAGACGGGCUCAGGGAAGUCCAUUUCUCUGUGUCACACUCUGCAUUACUGCUACACUCAGGGCUGGUUGAUCCUGCAUGUUCCUGAUGCUCAUCUGUGGGUUAAGAACUGUAAAGAGAUGCUGCCCUCUACCUACAAUCCCUUACGCUUUGACCAGCCAGUGCAAGCAACCCAGUGGCUGAAGGACUUCAAAAUCACCAACGAACACUUUUUAUCCAAGAUAAAGACAACACGGCGAUAUGUUUGGACAAAGAGAGAGAGUACUGAAGAGGGCCGGACUUUAGGCGAGCUUAUUGAUCAGGGUGUGAACCGCAUGAAGAGCAGCAGUGAUGUGGUCGGUGCAGUGCUGCGAGAGCUGAGGCUUCAGGCAGGGGCUACCACAGAGGGCGAGGAGGUCUUUAAGUUGGCGGUGGCUGUGGAUGGAGUAAAUGCUCUUUGGGGCAACACAACUCUUAAAAAGGAAGACAGAACUAUGUGUGAGCCAGAGGAACUGACCCUUAUUCAUAAUUUAAGGAAGAUGAUGAAAACCGACUGGAGAGGAGGAGCCAUUCUCACAGCCCUGUCUCAGACCGGCUCUCUGUUCAAGCCACGCUCUGCUUACCUUCCCAGCGAGCUGCUCGGAGAGGAAGGGUUUGAUGAAAUGGAACCUUUUGUGCCAGUUUGUGUGUCGGGUUACAACGAGAAGGAGUUUGAGAGCUGUUAUCUGUACUAUUUAGACCGCAACUGGCUGCAGCAUCCACACAGUCGGUCUGAAGAAGGAAAGAAGGAGCUCAUCUUUCUCAGCAAUAGAAAUCCAUCCAUCCUGGAAAGAUUGUGUGCUUUCCUGUAGUGAACAUCAUCUGCUUUCUCUCACUUGCUUGUGUAUAUCAUGUGAAUCCAGUAAACAUAAGUAUGCAGCUUUUUCAUAAUAAAAAGGUUUGAAAAAAGCA